AUGAAGACGGUUAAAUAUAGUAUUUGUGUCAUGGGUGCUGCACUUGUUGGAAAACAAGAAUUUGCCAAAGCUGCCACCGAAUUAUUUGAUGGUAAAAUCAUUCAGGUGAGACCUGGAGCCAACAAGUAUAUAUUUACUGUUGAAUUUCAAAAUUGUAAAUAUGAACUCUCCAUGAUCACUUUAUACGACACUGGUUUCACAACUGAGGAAAAAGAGGAAUUAAAGACACAUAUUGAUGGAUAUUUACUCAUGUAUGAUGUCACAAACAAAUUCUCAACCGAACGUGUCAAGAAUUAUAUGAAAUUAAUUCUUCAAUUAUUGGAUCCAAGUUCUCCUUUAUUGGCAGAGAUGAAUAAGAAUUCAUGGCAGAAUGUUCAUAAAAAAAAGAAGGAAUCAGCAGCUCAGAAACAACAGCAACACGGAUCGACACGAAAUCAAGUGUCUUCUCCUUCAUCGGAACCAUCCUCUCAAAUGUCAAAUGUCCAUCCAUCGACAACAGUGAAUUCAGAACAACAAGGAGUAACAACAACACUCGUCGGAGAUGAAACGAAUGGAGUAUCAUCAUCCUCUGCUACUACUUUAUCAUCCACUUUGCAACAACCUCAACAACAACAACAAUCGAUCACAAGUCCUUCCUCUCCUUCUGAACAACCUCCACUCGUUGUGAAUACCUCCACCACCACGACUAGUAUGGUUUCAGUAAGUUCGAAAACACCUUCCACACCAGGAAAUGCAACGUCACCUUCUGUGACAACAACAAAUGCAACUUCAAUGAGUAGUAGUAGCAAUUCGAAUCAAAAUACUACUAUUACAUCCAUUUCUUCGAAUACAACAAAUAUUUCAUCAAGUUCGAUUGCAAGUACUCCAACUUGUACUACAACAACUGCUAGCUCAACGAUCUUACCAGUGAUUAUUAUUGGAAAUAAGUGUGACGUGAGUGAUGAAGAGAGAGAAGUCGAUACAAAAGAAGGUUUGAAAUUGAGUGACUAUUUAGGAUGUCCUCUUGUGGAAACUUCAGCGACAUUUAAAAAGAAAGGAAUUGAGAAUGCAUUUAUUGAGCUAAUUAAGAGGAUUGAUAAGGUGCGUGAGGAGAAGCGUAAAACUCUAGUUCGUGCCGCUAGUAUGGCUGGUUCAUCUGUGGCAGAUGAUUCUACCAUUGACAGAAGGAAGAGUAUUUCAUCGAUUUUCAGCUUUGUCAGCGUUUCAACUUCUGACAAUGUCGUUGAUGAUUAUCAACAAACAAGGAGAAUGAGAGAAAUGAGGAAACAACAGUUGGCCUCAAACAAUAACAAGUAA